GUGCUUGUGAUAAUCUUUAACAUCUGUAUUAAUACUAUAAUCUAAACCAUUCUUCUAAAAAUCCGUUAAAACAGUAAGGAUUAAUAAAAAUUACCUAAGAGAAAAUUUAGGCCUCUCAUAAUCCAAUUCUGAGAAGUUUGCAAAAACAUUGGAAUUACAUUUUCCAAAAUGCUUCAUUGUAUGAUUUGGCCAAGUUGGGAAAAUUUUGGGAAGGGGCAGAAAGGGGAAGAGAGAAAGAAGAGGAACUAAUUGAAAAACAAAAAUAUUGGGAUAAAACUUCUCUCUUCCCUGGAAAAAAAAAACCCAGAAAAACCAACAUUUUAAUUCUUCCAUUCCCUUAACCUUCCCCUCCAAAGACCUUCUCGAGGUUCUCGACCACCUCGCGGUUGCUCUAUUAACACCAUUGCAUCUUUUUAUAACACUGGUGCCUCGGAAAAAAAAAUAAUAAAUUUUCAUUACCAUACAAUACAAUACAAUAUAAUACGUGUUUUGUCAUUGUCGACUUUGGAGGUAAGACAAGGGGAGGGCAAUAAUGAGUUGCUUUCCAUGUUGUGGAACAUUUGCAGAAACAAAUAAUAAAGAGAUCCCUUAUGAAGAGCAGCAAAAUCAAAAGGAAGGAACAGCCGAUAGAUCUGCUAGAAAGACACCAGAUUCUAGUAGGAGGACAUCGUCUAGGUCAUAUAGAGCCUCAUUAAGGGCCUCUUUAAGAGCUAGCAUCAAGGAACUCUUACAGGUCAAAUCAAAAUUCUCUUUUGCAAACAUCUCUUUCAAAACAGAUAGCAGCAAGCACAGAUACAUUCAUGAUGAAAUAUCUAAAUAUGGGAAGGGGAACAUUACUGCCAAGAUCUUUACCUACCGUGAGCUAUGUGAUGCAACUAAAAACUUUAUGCCUGAGAAUUUGCUCGGUGAAGGUGGUUUCGGUAGGGUACACAAGGGAUACUUGGACACCUUACAGCAGGUUGUCGCAGUAAAGCAGCUAGAUAGGAAUGGAUUCCAAGGAAACAGAGAAUUCCUUGUGGAAGUUUUGAUGUUGAGCCUUCUACACAAUCCUAACCUUGUGAAUUUGGUAGGAUACUGUGCUGAAGGUCCUCAAAGGCUUUUGGUAUAUGAGUUCAUGGCCAAAGGAUCCCUUGAAGAUCAUCUUCUUGAUUUAAAACCAGGUAAGAAGCCACUAAAUUGGCAAACCAGAAUGAAGAUAGCAGCGGGGGCAGCGAGAGGUUUGGAGUACCUCCAUGAGAUUGCCAACCCACCAGUGAUUUACAGGGACUUCAAAGCAUCAAAUAUACUAUUAGACGAGAACUUCAACCCAAAGCUCUCAGAUUUCGGCCUAGCAAAGUUGGGUCCAACAGGGGAUGAAACCCACGUGAGUACGAGGGUGAUGGGGACAUAUGGUUAUUGCGCACCAGAGUAUGCAUCCACAGGCCAACUAACGACAAAGUCCGAUGUAUACAGCUUUGGAGUUGUGUUCCUAGAAAUCAUAACUGGAAGGCGAGUCAUAGACACCAACAAACCAAAUGAAGAGCAGAAUCUAGUACUUUGGGCACAACCGCUAUUCAAAGACAAGAGUAAGUUCCACCUAAUGGCUGAUCCUUUACUUGAGGGUAACUACCCCAUGAAGAAUCUCUACCAAGCACUAGGAAUUGCAGCAAUGUGCUUGCAAGAAGAAGCUGACACGCGCCCCUAUAUCAGUGACGUGGUUAUUGCCCUUGAAUACUUAUCUUCAGAUAAAACUGCCAAGUUGGAGGAAGGAGAAGACGAUGAAGAUGAUGAUGAGGCAUCAGACAGAAGAGAUACUGACGAACCAGGCAAUGAAGCGGUGGGGGAAGAAAAAGAAAGCUGACAAUAUGAGAUGUCAGGCGCUAGAUGUUUAAGACUACGCUACACUUGUACAUCAACUUACUGAUUGCAAGUGUUGUAAUUCCAUAUUUUGGAUGUCAAAAAGAUUUAGGCCAAACUUCUUGGUUCUCCAAAAUUGUAAUGAGUCCUUAUACUCAGAAAAAUAAGGCUAUUUACCUAAUCAUUCUUCCACUGAACAGAGAGGUACAUGACAUUCUUACCUCUAUAGUGAUGAACCAGUAAAGCUAGUACGGGUAAGAAUAUCAAUAUACCUCUUUGUUUUGGUGAAGAACAAUUAGAUUAAUAGCCUUUCAGUAAACAGAAAGAGUGAGCCAGAGCGGAAUUCCAUCAGUGCCUGUGCUUGUAGUGAGCUUCAAAUCCGACUAGCCCUCAAGGCUAAACUGGGUGAGACCAUUGUACAAAGUUAUUAAAUGUGCUUGAAAAGUGAACACCCCUUUUUUCAA